GUUGUCCAUUUUGAAGAACUGACCCAUUCUUCAAGAAUGGCUUCUACUAAGAAUAUAUAUAUGCAAAUCUCCUUUGUUCUAUAAUAGCUUUGUCCUCUGUGUAAGCUCUGAGCAGCUAUGGACAACAAAAACAAUUCUUUUUUAUUCCUUUCUUUGCUGUGCUUAUGCUUCUCUCUCAAAACCCAUCUCUCCUUAGGAGCUGACACCAUCUCUGCAAAUCAAUCCCUCUCUGGAGACCAAACAAUAUCCUCUUCAGGUGGGAACUUUGUGCUGGGAUUCUUCAGACCAGGUAAUAGUUCCAACUAUUACAUAGGCAUAUGGUACAAAAAAGUGACUGAAAAAACUCCUGUUUGGGUUGCAAACAGGGAAACACCAGUUUCUGAUAAAAAUUCUGCAGAGCUAAAAAUCUUGAAUGGUAAUUUGGUACUGGUUAAUGGGUCUAAUACUUCAAUUUGGUCCACAAAUAUUAGUUCUAGCAAGUCCAAUUCUGUGGUAGCAGUUCUCCGAGAUGAUGGUAAUUUAAUCUUGAGAGAUGGGUCUAAUUCAACACCACCCCUUUGGCAAAGUUUUGAUAUCCCUGGCAAUACUUGGUUGCCUGGUUCUAAACUUUCUUACAACAAAAUCACCAAAAGAAAGCAGCUCCUUACAUCAUGGAAGAGCUUGGAAGAUCCUUCACCUGGGUUGUUUUCUCUUGAGCUGGAUCCAAAUGGUAGCCAGUAUAUUAUAAGGUGGAAUAGAACUGAGCAAUAUUGGACCAGUGGACCAUGGAAUGGCCAAAUUUUCAGUGGGGUGCCUGAGAUGAGGGCCAACUAUAUUUACAAUUUUAGCUAUGAGGACAAGCCGAAUGAAAGCUAUUUUACAUAUUCUGUUAAUAAUCCUUCUACCAUUUCAAGAUUCAUUAUGGAUGUCUCUGGACAGAUAAAGCAACUCACUUGGUUGACUAAUUCAGAUCAGUGGAAUCUGUUCUGGUCUCAACCAAGAUCACAAUGUGAAGUUUAUGCUUAUUGCGGACCCUUUGCUACCUGUCGGGAGAACUUGCAGCCCUUUUGUAAUUGUUUGGAUGGUUUCAAGCACAGUUCAGAGGCUGAUUGGAAUCAAAAUGAUUAUUCUAGAGGCUGUGAGAGGAAAACGAAGUUGCAAUGUGGCAACACUAACGGGGAGAAAGAUGGAUUUUGGAUGCAUACCCAGAUGAAAGUACCUAAAAAAUUUCAACCUGUUGCUGCUGGGAGCACUGAAGAAUGUCAAUCAACCUGCUUGAAUAAUUGCAGUUGCACUGCUUAUUCUUAUGACAAUUCGUGCUCAAUUUGGAACAGUGAGCUCUUGGAUAUGCAGCAAUUCUCACAAAAUGAGGGUAAGGGCAAGACGAUCUUUGUCAGAUUAGCUGCAUCUGACAUCCCAAAAUCCAAGAGUAAAAAGGGAAUUGCAAUUGGUGUUUCUCUGGGGUCUGCUGCUAUCGUAGUGGUCCUUUUGGGCAUUCUUUUUGUUAUAUUCCAGAGAAGACGUAGGCAUAUUGUUGGAAGUGGAAAAACAGUGGAGGGUUCAUUGGUGGCAUUUGGUUACAAAGACUUGCAACAUGCUACCAAAAAUUUCUCAGAGAAGUUAGGGGGUGGAGGUUUUGGUUCUGUUUUCAAAGGGAAACUGUCUGAUUCAUCUGCUAUUGCGGUUAAGAGGCUCGAUAGCAUCAACCAGGGAGAGAAGCAAUUUCGAACGGAAGUCAGCACAAUCGGAACAAUCCAACAUGUUAAUCUUGUACGCCUUCGUGGAUUUUGCUCUGAAGGUAACAAGAAGCUGCUGGUUUAUGAUUACAUGGAAAAUGGUUCCCUGGAUUCACAUCUUUUUACCGAGAAGCAGUCAGAUGUUAUGGAUUGGAAAACAAGGUACCAGG